GAGAUAGAGGAGUUCUUCAUGACGCGUACCAUAUUAAACCCAGAAAGUGCACUGUGGGCCAGUUCGGCUGUCCUCGAUUUAUCCUGGGUAUGUCACAGAACUAGACCUUAACUGUUUCGACGAGAAUCUUACCUGAGCAAAUAAAGGUGGAUCAGCGGCAGGAGAGAAACCGACAGCCAGCGCAGACGCCUACCGAUGAGAUACUUUUGAGAACAACAUGUUUCAAUGCGGCUGAACAGAGUCUGGCGGCCACUCGUGAAAUCCCAUGGAAAGUCACUAGCGAAGAGCUCCAGAUUAGCUUUCUUUUGUGCAGUUGGAGGCUGCAGCUCAAAUACAUCUUGUCUUCACGGUUAACUGAGCCGUCACCAAAAUCUCGGAGUGCGUCGGAAAACACAAGAAAACGGCGAUGCUUCAAUGCCAUCCACAUUACCCUCCCAAACAAGAAGUACGUGAUCGAUUUGAUGUUUCAAAUAGAGGCAGCCUCUAGCAUUUCAACUGCAGCAUCACAUGUGUGGAAGCUUAGCGACUGCGAACCAGAAAUCAAAUCUGUAGAUACAGAAUACACAAAGUUGAUGGAGACUGCGAAGCCCGGCACGGCGCAACAGGCCGCUGUAGCAAACUGUAGUUUUCAGUGCGUGAGGGUCACCUUUGAUCCUAUUUUAGAAACUGUAGUUUGGCCGUUAGGUUGGACGGCAUUAGACAGGAAUUCAUGCUCUCUUCUAAGGAUGCGUGAAACACGGGCCUCCCCUUUUGCCAGAAAAAGGAGGUAAAGCGCAUCUGAAGGAUAUCGGCGUACUUCCGUUUGCGAUUGUACGGCGCGUUUUCGAUGUGUCGUGGGAAAUAGGUUUAAACAACUGCUGCGGGGUGGACGAAAUGUUGUCAGGUGGCAAAUCAGAAGCGACUACCCCAAAGUAUGUUGCAAAUUCCACGUAUUUCACCUUCCUCCGUUGAAAGUUUCCCCGUUGUGGCAACCUUCUGGUCAACGAGCUGACCAUGGGGUGGAGCGCCUUCCAAACCGAAACGUGGAAACAUCUGGGUUCAGAGCGUCAAAUUUCUGGCGUACUCUUUUUAUGACACAUUUCACAUGAUACACUCGUGUGACACGUCUCCAUUUCUGGUAACUCCCCGCUCUACCCCGGGUCCAACGGAAAACUGAGUGGGCGCACACGCGCGUCUCAAACCUCGUUACGAUCGUGUGACAGGCCAUCUGCAAAUUUUUUAUUUGGUGAUUUUCUAUUGCUUUCUUCAGCUGAUGCUUGCAUGCGGAAGCCCUCGCCUCCUGUCACAUGUGAUUGCACCAGCCGCCUUCACAAAAGCCUCCAUGCUGGGCAAUUUAGAGCGAGGGUACCUACAGAGAUCUGCAUUUGAUUUCAGACUGCAGCGUCACUCGCUGAAGGAACACGCGUAUAGAUUUUGCGCGUGGUGACGACAUGCUCAUAUCCCUGAAAUCGUUAUUUGUGUCUCGUAAGUGGCGCCAUGGUUGAAACUCGAGGCGAGAGUAGCGUUAGGAGGUCGUUGCCUGGACGCAGCCGGACUGUGACCCUCGCACUCUGCUUCUUCGUUUGUCUACUGUGUUAUUCGUCCGAAAAUGUGCUUCAGAUUCUCGGCCCCGGGAUUUUCCCACGCGCGGACGCCUCAGGAACGCUUAAAGUAGAAGCAACGGGACCACUUGCGAAUACCCGAGGAGCUACUGAAGCGUCCGCACCGAAACACAACUCGACAAAAGCGGCUGUCGACGCCUUGCGUGAAGCAGCAGUGGAGGAGUGGCAGCAACUCAUUGACGCCGAGAGGGCGUGGGAGGAAGCCUGGGUCCGAGCUGCUUUCGAGAAUUCGACAAAAUCAAACGGCAGUUGAUCGGAAUUAUAUUGAGGCACCGACAGACGACUGCAAAGCACGGGGCACGGAGAGUUAGAGUGGCUCGUCGCUGGAUGGCCUGGUAAUGAUGUGGUGAGUCUGCUACAGAAGAAUACUGUUGCAGACUCUUGUCACAGCUGCGUGAUCACUGGAGUCAUUGACAUCUCGUCAACGUUUUAGACAUGUAAGCUCGGUACACUGAAGCGAUUUGUUCGCGCUAGUGGGUUUUUUGUGACACGCUCUCGAAGAGGCUGUGAAGAAGGGAAUGAACAGGGCAAGGAAACGUCGAGUGGCCGUGGAGCGUCCGCCGCAUACAGGCACUAAAUUCUACACUUAAUUCAGCACCAGUUCUAGCGCCCUCUGCAAAGGAGUCGAAUCUUAGCACGUGUAUGGGAAGCGGUUAAGGUGAUAUCCGGACGGUUCUAGCGUGUUGCGUUUCCGCCUCAUUAUCUGCAGGAUAGCGAGUCUUUACCCUGCUUGUUUGCCCUCCAUUGUCUGCCGCUGUUUCGUAGCAGUAUCGUUGACAGAUCACGUAUUGACUUCUACGCUGCGACAGCAACUAUACGUCUUGCCGGCAGAGCUAGACCGAACUAUAUCUGCAUCCCCGACGUAUAGCUGAACUAUCUGACUGCACAGGCAUCAAGCAUGCGUUUCUUCUUUUGUCUGAAACUGAACUCAGUGACACGGUUUGCGUUUCUGGCUUCCCACUGCGCUGCCCGACACCCGCGCAUUCAGAGGCGCCUGGGUGAAAUUUCACUGCAGUAGAAACUGACUUGGCUAUAACUUCGUGAUUCCUCGCGUGAUGGGAAAACUGAAUGGAUGGGUGCAGGUCCAUCAUGUCGCACGCCGAUACCUCUAUCUCUGUCGUCAUCUCCACACGGAUGUGGCAUCUUCGGGAAGCUACACAGAGUGUUUAGCUACACAGUCUCCCGCUGGCAUUUUGCAUUUUCACGCAGGUACUAUCGUUAAAACUUGACCUUUAUAGUUCCUUUCUCUAUCGCGGGACACAGAUGGAGUUCCGAAAAGCCCAACCAAAACCUUUGAGUCGUCUCCAGCACAGGAAAGGAGUUCAGUUUGAAUGCGUGCCACGAGUCGUCCACCAUCCCGUGUGACUUUUAAAAACUUGCCAGAGAAACUCGCCUACCUCCAGCGCUCAACAAGCAAUGAGUGGGCUUCCCACCCCAUGAACCAUAACGUACCCGCAGACAGCUGCCACGCAGUAGGUUGUGCUUUCCCCACUCCUUCUACACAUACGUUGACGCCGACGCCGCUGCUGUUUUUCACGUGUUUCGCCCGUGUGACACCACAUAACCUCACUUCUCUCUCCCGACUGUGUACAGAGACCCGGUGCUCACCGGCUGAGAGAGUGAGAAUACGUUUGCCCAGAAAUACCGACUGAGGCAGUGAGAGUCGUUAUGCUGCGGCGGGAGAACGGUUGGAGGAAGUGGAUCGUCUUUUUAUUAAAGACGAUCCCUCCAUUCACCCCGUCCCUCCCCCCCCCCCCCGUGACCUCCGCAGUGUUCUCAUGAAGUCCAUAAACUUCCAUAUGGCUACAGCCAAAAAAACAUUUGCACAAUACCUCUAACAGGGCAAUCAGCGCCAUCUCUUGUUAUAUUCAGCGACAGCCGAAAUUGCAACCUGAAACGGAAUCUAAACACAAACUAGGUCCCAUGCGAGCCCACCACGCCAAAAACUCUUGACGAGGAAACUUCGCACUCUUUCCACGACACAGGGCUUGAAAAACUCUUGACAAACCAACAAAACACUUUGGAACAACUCGCGGGAAACAAUGUCACUUUAAAAAAUCUUGACAGGCGAGAAGCAUUCACUACGCACUGUGAAACAACUCGCGACGAACAAAGUCACCUUCAAACUCUUGACAAACGUGAAACAUUCACUACCACACUGCGAAACAACUCGUGGCGGACAGAUUCCCUUUUAAAAAUCUUGACAAACGUGAAACAUUCACUAUACACUGUGAGACAAGUUGCGACGAACAAAGUCACCUUGAAACUCAUGACAAAUGUGAAACAUUCACUAUACACUGUGAGACAAGUUGCGACGAACAAAGUCACCUUGAAACUCAUGACAAAUGUGAAACAUUCACUAUACACUGUGAGACAAGUUGCGACGAACAAAGUCACCUUGAAACUCAUGACAAACGUGAAACAUUCACUGUUCACUGUGAGACAAGUUGCGACGAACAAAGUCACCUUCAAACUCUUGACAAACGUGAAACAUUCACUGUUCACUGUGAGACACGUUGCGACGAACAAAGGCACUUUGAAAGUUUUUGACAAAUAUGGACAAAUAUGAAACAUUCACCACGACACUUUUGGACCCACUGGAACGGUGCAUCGAUGAGCUGGCCUGGUGGCUGGGCGUGACUUCAAAUCACGUGGCGCCUAGCGGCGCAGGGGUUCGAUUCCUCCUUCGGUGCGGGGACGUCCCGCGAAUGUAUCUAAACUUGUGUAAACUUGUGAGGCAAGCAAAAAGUUUUCCUCGAGCUAACAGCAACUGCCCUGUCCCCGUCCCCUGGGAACAAAAGUUAAACAGGAAAACCCGUCGCAAGUUUCCUGUCUCUGCGUAAAAGGCGGAAGGUUAGUGCCGUUUCGGACAAUCGACUCCGAAGGAACAGCGGGUCACACUUCUGUUUGCCUCCAGUUUGGAUCAACAGCAUGCACAGACAGCGUACAACGCAAAACUUCGCUCAUACCGCAUAUGGCCCGUGAGUGGCUGAAUCUAUAUCUUCGUUUUCCGCACUUUAUUCCUCAAGCGAGUGAUUUCGCUUGUCCUGUUUACGAGGUGCUGACCAUUCGCGGUCUUGUGGCUUUGUAGAACGGACUCCAGCUCGGCCCCCGCCCAGUCUGCGUUGCGGCUCCUUCUGACAGCGAAUUGUCCGUGUCUGUGAACUGACGCGCUUAGAAAUUCGGUACGAGGAGGCGUGAGAGUUGCGACUUUCUGGUAAGGACUAAUUCAAAUCGAUUCCGCUCCCAGACAACUGGUUUCGUUGCUUGCAUCGAAAGCCCCGAAUAGAGAGCAAAGCCCCUUUCUCUUCAGCCUGUAUACGCAGCUCCAACUCGGUGGCGCUGAGGUCGUUGUUUGAGUAACGGAACUAGAGCAAAUUUUCCGCUUUUCUCCACGCAUACAUCUGUCCUCUUUUUGCACGUUUCUUCUGCGCUGAAUGUCCGUUUCGUUUGUUCCGAAAAAAGCGACACGGCCGCUGAAGACCACGCCGACGUCAUCGCGUCACCGGCCGCAGCCGUCUUUGCGAUUUUUUUCACAAAGUGUUCGAGUCUGUGAACGAGCAAACUGAAGACGUAACGAAGUAGAAGUGUUUUUUCCUUGAACUAGAGGACCUAUUUGUAAAUCGCGAGAACAGUCUCUUCCGUAGUGUCGUGCCGCGUAAAGGAACGUGACGCAUCCCAGUCAGCGUCUCGAUCUCAAAGGGAAUUCUGAGCCAGUCGUUCCUCCUCCCCUACCCAUACAAGCUCCCAAAUCGGUAAUUAUUUCUUCCUCGCAGAUUGAGGAGACGCCCUAAAAUCCUCGUUCCCGCAAACAGGACCCGAGCGUCUACUAACGUGGACGCGUUUACCCUCUUUUUUUCCACCGUUCGCUGCGCCAGAGAGCGACGUCAACCGAAGAAAGAAGCUGCGUCCAUUGUGAAACGCCCUUUUUUCUUUCUUUGGUCUUCUUUGACGGCCUUGUAUUUGCAAGCGAACAGUCUCUCGUGUUUACCCCGCGCUGGCAUUUAGGGAAACGGGUUUCUGCGCCUGCUUCAUGAGGGGGCGCUUUCUGCAGUGCUGUCCAUCCGGGGCAGGGCAGUUCCUUAGAACGAAGUUCACUCUGAGAUAGGAGCAGGCUUGCCAUGGAGAAAGUCACCAAGAAAAUUUUCGUGGGAAGCAUCCCCCACACUGUCACGGAGGAAGAAUUCCGGAAGAAGGUGGAGGAACACGGCUCCGUCACUGCGUUGUUUUACAUGAAGGAUCAAACUGAGGGAGAUCGCGGCUGGGCAUUCGUCACCUACGAGACGGUCUACGACGCACAAAAUGCCAUCGAGGCCUUGAAUGAAAAGCAUCUCUUCAAUGACAGCUCAGGCCCCGCGCUAGAGGUGCGCUUCGCCAACCAGAAGCCCGGCUCGAAUUCAACUUCUUUUCAAAACAAGCCUGCGAGCGCCGCUCCUGGGCCAUCGGUGUGGCAAGAAUACUUCACACCUGAGGGAUACGCGUACUACUAUAAUACCUCUACGGGUGUCACGCAGUGGGAGAAACCGGAGGACUUUGACAAGCCGGCCCCGGUGGUGGUUUCCAGGCCUGCUUCUGUGGGCAUUGUGAACCAUGCGGCAACGCGCUUCGGUCCUCCGGGAAGCAAUGUAUUUGUGGCGAACCUGCCCUACGAGUGGAAUGACAUCGACCUCAUUCAACACUUUCAACAUUUUGGAAACAUUCUCUCUGCGCGGAUUCAAAGAGGCACCGAGGGAAACAGCCGCGGAUUUGGAUUCGUCUCCUUCGACAACUCUCAAGCGGCAGUCAACGCGAUCCGUGGUAUGAACGGAUUCAGUUGUGGGGGUCGGUACUUGCGAGUCUUCCUCAAAAAGGGAGAAGAACACUACCUCACCGCGGCGAUGCAGGCGCAAGUUGCGCAGUACCUGGAAGCAGACAGGCGACCGCGACAGAGCGCCCGGCCGUACUGAGCUUCGGUGUAGGAUGCAGAGGGUACGAGACGAAGCGGGAGAGCUUCAUCUCGAAUUCUCGUCAUCUACGCGAAGGACCUCUCUUCUGUGUCUCCACCGCGUCUCCGCUGGCGAGUUGCUCGCAGUUCGUGCUCGAGGCGCGGGGCGUAAAACGUUCACCUGAGAGCUGUCUGGCAGGAGCCUGCAGGACCUCUGGGAAGUCUGUGUGUCUUUGCGCGGUGCUUGGGUAGCGCUCGAGUUUGUUUUAGGUGAAAUGAACUGAGACAAGUGGUAUUCGUCUUCCUUCGUCGGGAUAUCCUGUUUUUCGACGCGAUCGCCUGCCUCGUAUCCAGAGCGAUCUGUCUCUGUCUGCAACGCCGCGCGCGAGGCCUUCUCAGAGAACAGGACAGCGACUCUCUAUCGCAGAAUCUGGCUCCUAUAACGCGCCUGAAAACGCGCCAUCAGCAGGUCGCUUUUCCUCUGCACAUAAGCACUACGCUGCGCUACGUCUUUCCACACUUUCCCCUGUUUGUAUGCGCGUCUGUCGAAGUCGGGAAAGAACUUGGAGAAGAAGAACGCCCCGACUUCGCGCGCUUGUUUUUGGUCGACUCUCAGGAAACUCAGUGGGGGCUGGCUGUUCUCUCAUCGCCCUCCUUGUCCUUCGGAAUCGCCAGGUCGAUCUUCGGAGUUGUCUGGGAUGGACAAUGGCUCGCGGAAAUUGGUGCAUGCGCGUUCCGUCUUGUGGAACCCGCGCGCCGAAGAAGAAACGCACUCAAAAAGGGUGAAAGAGCAGGCUUGCGAUCGCAAAAACAAUGAAGGAUAACUCCCUUUCGUGGAAGAAAGAAUCCACAUUUGUCUGUGUCAAAAUUCGCACUCAAGGCGCAAAGUGACUUUGGUUUUUCUACUAAAGUUUCUUACUGAGCAUCGCCAUCACUCUUCUGUCUCUUCUGUCGUCCAUUUCGCUUCCUUCACAUGCGCCUCUGCCCUGUUUUCAUAUCGGUUUCGUGUGUCUGUUUCGUUCCCUCUUCGGAUCCUCCUUCUGUUGUUUUCUCUCACGUUCGCGUCUCGUCUGUCGCUCUUGUCUCUCUCGCUUCUCCGCGGCGGUGUCAAUGCCGGGUCGCUUGUCUCCUCGACGGAUUUCCAGCUCCGUCGCUCCCCUUCUAUGAGAGACCUUGCUUCCGAAAUAAAGAUUUGACUUUUUCCAAGAAAUUCCCCUGCGUGACAAACAAGCGAAGUCGCUUCUCUCCGCCACCCCACCCAAUUCCGCGAGUUGUCUCACCUC